AUGAAUGUCCGAGAUUACAAGCCACUACCCAACGCAUGUGUGAAAAAUUUAUGCGAUAAAUUAUUCGAAAAACGAAAAGCAGGUGCGAUGGAAGUUGAGCAGCUGGUGAAGACUUAUGUUUCAAAGGAUAAGAAGGAUGAAAUUGAUAAGAUUCUACAGAUCUUCGGACAAGAGUUUAUUGUAUCACCGAAUGCCAACGUGAGGAAGGGUGCACUUUUUGGCUUAGCAUCCGUUGCUAUUGGACUGGGACAGGUAGAUCAAUGCAUUGGUUUUGCUAAAUUUCAGAUCUGUCAUUUAUACUCUGACCAACUUGUUGCGCCUAUUUUCCAAGCUCUUCGAGAUACCGAUUCACAAGUUCGAUAUGCUGCCUGCGAAGCUCUUUACAAUAUACUGAAAGUACUCCAUGUUCACUCACUGGAAUAUCUUAACGACUUGUUUGAGGCGCUUUGCACGGCUACAGCCGAUCCAGAAAUGUCUGUAAGGCAGGUUGUGGACCACUGUGAUCGCCUCUUGCGUGAUAUUGUGAUCCAGAAUCGAAUAAUCGAUGUGAAGGCUUUCAUGCGCAUUGUCUCUGGACAUCUCCGUACGCGAAUUCCAUUCACUCGUAAAUUUCUUGUUGGUUGGAUCGGAACCCUAAAUUCAGUUCCUGGGCUUACCAUUAUUCAGUAUAUUCCACAACUCCUAGACGGCCUUUUGACCAUUCUUGGUGAUGAAAAUCCGGAUAUUCGGCGAAACUGUGAUGUUCUUCUAAAUGACUUCCUAUCCAACACCAUCAAGGAUCCAGAUACUGUUAACGUUCUCUCAAUGAUACACAUUCUAAUCAGCCACUGCCAAGAAUCCACUCGGCUUCUUGCCUCAUUGAGUCUGGACGAGAGGACGGCGGAGGCCCUCUUGAACUUCUCUGGUCCAAACCUCUCACCAGAGCGUCUGCGACAGAUAACUUCCCUUCAGUGGAUCCGGCAAUUUAUCCACAUCUCCACGUCCAAGGGACUCCAGCUUAUGCCCCUAGUGGCUCCUAUCCUCUCCGCUGUCCUUCCGUGUAUCGAUGACAGGGACGACCUAGAUGAUAGAACUGCAUUGAAACGGGCUGUUGAUAUCAAUGAGGUGUUAAUGAAUUUUGUUCACAAUCUCCGGCAGUCACGCUCGGAGAGCGGCGAGUGUGAUCUAAACUGCUCCGCCUUUCUAAAGGUGAUCUACGGGACGUUCGAUCACCCCUCUGUCCUCACCCGUCUGGCCGCAUUGCGUUGGAUUGAGGUGCUUCUUUCCGUUAACCCGGAGGCCGUUUUUGCCAACUCUGCUGAGCUCAUGCCCCUACUCCUCAAAUUACUCUCUGAUCCCGCUGUUGAGGUUGUUCACUCGACUGUCUCACUCGUGGGCUGCCUAUGCAAGCACCCAGUGGCUCAUCAUGCGUCAGGAGACGAUAGGGCCUCGGUGCAGCGCCUCUUCUCUAGUCUGGUGCGUAAGGGAUCGGUGGCGCUGCCAGCGAGCCUCUGCAACGCUGUCGCGGCUGACCGUGAACGCUCCAACCUCCUCUGUCUGCGUUUCCUCUAUGACCUUGUUCAACGAUUCAUCAAUGACUCUCAGAUGCUUAGUGAAAAGGGCAACCUCAUUAUUACCGAUCUCUGCUUGGCACUGGGCGCCAAGUCUGUCUACUAUAUGAUGGCCCUGAUCGUAUCCAACCUCCUUAAGCCCAAAGAGGCCUUCAUCAUCGUGCAGACACUCAACCAGAUUCUCCUUACUCAACCCUCUGUCCUCGACUUCCGCGAGUAUCUUUACACGAUUGAUCUUAAUAAGGAUGCAGAAUUAUUCAAGGAGCUCUAUCGUGCCUGGUGUCACAAUCCCGUGGCUCUUCUCGCCUUCUGUCUUUUGACACGGAACUACACACAUUGUUGCGAGAUUGUCAACGGAGAGCUGGCCAUGUCCGUGGAGGUCCUUGUGGAGUUGGACCGUCUAAUCCAGCUGUUGGAAUCUCCCGUCUUUGCAAGACUUCGGCUGCAUCUUGUUGACAAGAGAUACAGUCCAGCACUGCAAGAGACUCUUUACUGCCUCCUCAUGUGUCUUCCCCAAACUGAGGCUUUUGAUAUUCUCAGGCGUCGGCUUCAAUGUCUCCCCAGCCACAUCCUCAACCAACCCAUGAGUGCUGCAUCCCGGUCAGACAAAGUGGAUUUCAACGCUUUAUUAGUGCAUUUCCGUGAAGUGCAACGCCUACACCAUGAAAAUCGGGUGAAGGAGGAGGCUUUGAUGGUUGAUGCGAAGGAGACUCGGGGCGCUACCUCCACAGCGAAUACUAUGAGAGCCGCCACCACUAACACCACAAGCACCCCCAUAUCGGGUACUGCGACAGCCUCAAUCCCAAUCGAAUUGGGAUUUCUUCAGUCAGAGCAACUAACCAAUCCUCUGAUGGCCAAUUCGACGCAAUUUUUUGUAAAAUCUUCCUUAAUCCUACGUAACACUGGUUUUAUUCGUAUGUGUGUAAUGGAAGUGAUAGUGGCCAAAAGUGGGCUCGACCUAGCUAAUAGGGACGGUGGGGAGGGCCUCACCUGUCCGCGCGAUUCAUGUCUCCUGGGUGGGUGCGGUGGGCACCUCUAUGAAUUUUCCCUCGUCCUUCAGCUCUUCUGUUACGUUGACACUGAGAUAGCUGUCGGAGAGAUCAGGUUAGCUGUCACUCUGUAG